UCCGGAUGUCAACCGCCAAUAAAUUACAAGAGAAAAAAGCGGCGGCGGCGGCCCUCACCUACGUAGCAGAUUUUCCAAAGUGUAAAGCUGAUUUUAAAGUUUUGUCUGGAGAAAAGAAACCAGAGACAACAGUUCCUCAGCUCACUCAGAUCAGCUCUUGAAAGUCAUCUUCUGCACCCUGGAAAGAAGAAAUGCUGCUUGGACAUCAGCAGUUGAAACUGAAUGUUGACCAGCAGGACAUUAAAGAGGAAGAAGACAAGCUUUGGACAAGUCAGGCGAGAGAGCAGCUUCACCAGCUAGAGGACAUCAAUAUCACCAACUUACCUUUCACUGUUGUCCCUGCGAAGACAGAAAAUGAAGAAAACUCAUUGGUAUCACAGGCCCAUCAAAGCUUGGAUUUUAACUGCCUGAAGGACAGUGAAGCCUUUGUUAGAAACAGCAGGUAUGAGAAACAAUUGAUUUGCAAUGAAUGUGGAAAAACAUUUGGUCACAUGAACUCUGCAAUGCAACACAAAGUUCAAGCAAGUGAGAAGCUCUUAAACUGUCCUCAGUGUAUACAAAGGGUGAGGCAAAAGGGCAGUCUGGACAUAAACAAGAGAAGUCACACAGGAAAGGGAAUAUUUGUCUGUUCUGAAUGUGGUAAAAUUUUCAGAGAGAAAAACACUCUGAACAGACAUAUGAGAACUCAUACAGGGAAGAAACGAUUUGGCUGUUCUGAAUGUGGUAACACAUUUAAGCAAAAAUGCAAUCUGAAAACACACAUGAAAAUUCACACAGGUGAGAAACCAUUUGGCUGUUCAGAGUGUGGCGAAAGAUUUGCACGAAAAAGCCGUCUGAGCACACACAUGAAAAGUCAUACAGGUGAGAAACCAUUUGGCUGUUCUGAGUGUGGUAAAACAUUUGGAGACAAGAGCUAUCUAAAUGUACACACCAGAAUUCAUAUGGGUGAGAAGCCGUUUGUCUGUUCUGAGUGUGGGAAAAGAUUUAGAGAAAAAUACACUCUGAACAGACACAUUAGAAGUCAUACAGGAAAGAAAUUAUUUGGCUGUUCCGGGUGUAGUAAAAUGUUUGGGCAAAAAAGCGAUCUGAUAAAACACCUGAGGAUUCAUACAGGAGAGAAACCUUUUGAUUGUUCUGAGUGUGGUAAAAGAUUUAGAGAAAAAAACUUUCUGAACAGGCACAUGGGAAUUCAUACAGGAAAGAAAUUAUUUGGCUGUUCUGGAUGUAGCAAAAUGUUUGGACAAAAAAGCGACCUUAUAAAACACCUUAGAAUUCAUACAGGAGAGAAACCAUUUGUGUGUUUUGAGUGUGGUAAAACAUUUAGGCAAAAAUGUAAUCUGAAAACACACAUGAGAAUUCAUACAGGUGAAAAGCCAUUUGGCUGUUGUGAGUGUGGAGAAAGAUUUAUACGAAAAAGGAGUCUGAGCACUCACAUGAAAAGCCAUCCAGGUGCUCAUACGCCACAAAGUUAUAUACAGAAAUCAGUGCAUGGACAGACUAUAUCCCUCUCAUAGAGAAGUUGGUCUAGGUCUCACUGAAAUGAACCAGACCUAUAGAGCAUCUCUAAUAAGUAUUGGACAGUACUGAAAGAGUUCUGAGGAAGGGGUCAUGAAAGUAGGUAGGUAGCACAACAUCACAAUGAGACCUUUUCCCAACAGACCUCAUUUAUCAAACUGACGAAAAUGUGGAGAUUGUGGAGACCUCUUAGAAGAGAGAGAAAGCAACAAUAUGACACCUGCAACAACACUAGCAAGACAGGCCAAGGAAAAAUACAGCAAAAAAGAACACAAACUUUGAGUGGGCAGAUGGAAACAGCACAGAAAUCAAUCAAUCAAUUUUUUUAUAUAGCGCCAAAUCACAACAAACAG